GCUGAAGCAAGCUUCGGUGCGAGGGCGAUGGAGGGAGGGAGUGAGAAAGAAGGCAACGUCUCUAGUGCAUCCCCUCCCCCCCAUCAAAGCAGAGGGGAAAUGUCUCAGCCAAAGGGAGGUAAGAGGAAGCCUGGGCUCAAGCUCUCCAAGGAAGUGUUUGAGCAGCCUCCUGCUGCUGCUACCCCAAGAGAUUUGGAUUCGAAAGCUUGUGUGACCAUUGGAGAGAAGAACUUUGUGGUGAAGGCAGAUGACCUGGAGCAGAUUGGCGAGCUGGGGAGAGGGGCCUACGGCGUGGUGGACAAGAUGAGGCACAUGCCCAGUGGCCUGAUCAUGGCAGUCAAGAGGAUCCGUGCCACAGUGAACACCCAGGAACAGAAGAGACUGUUGAUGGACCUGGACAUCUCUAUGAGGACAGUAGACUGCUUCUACACAGUCACCUUCUACGGCGCACUCUUCAGAGAGGGUGAUGUGUGGAUCUGUAUGGAGCUGAUGGACACCUCUCUGGAUAAGUUCUAUAAGCAGGUGAUAGAAAAAGGCAAGACCAUCCCUGAAGAUAUCCUGGGAAAGAUGGCCGUCUCGACAGUGAAGGCUCUGGAACAUCUGCACAGCAAUCUGUCAGUCAUCCACCGAGAUGUGAAGCCAUCCAACAUAUUGAUCAACACCCAGGGGCAGGUGAAGAUGUGUGACUUUGGGAUCAGUGGUUACCUUGUGGACUCUGUGGCCAAGACCAUGGACGCAGGCUGCAAGCCCUACAUGGCGCCGGAGAGGAUCAACCCAGAGACUAAUCAGAAAGGCUACAAUGUCAAGUCUGACAUUUGGAGUUUAGGAAUCACAAUGAUUGAACUGGCCAUCCUGCGGUUCCCCUAUGACUCCUGGGGCACGCCCUUCCAGCAGCUGAAGCAGGUGGUGGAGGAACCAUCGCCCCAGCUCCCUGCUGACCAGUUCUCCCCUGAGUUGGUUGACUUCACCUCCCUGUGCUUAAAGAAAAAUUCCAAAGAGCGGCCAAACUACCCAGAACUCAUGCAACAUCCCUUCUUCAUCUCCCAUGAAUCCUUAGACACCGACGUGGCUAGCUUUGUCAAGGUCAUCCUCGGGGACUGACGAGCGCCCUGAUCAAACCCAACCCAAUGCUCUGACCAAUGGCCACGGGGGAGGCGGACCUACAAAAAAAAAAGCACCAAUCACAAACCCUAUUACCUGCGGGACUCCACCCCCUCCCUAGUUCCCGACCCCCUCCCUUUGGCACAGUGCAGAUGGACAUUAGAGGAACUCAGAGGAAUUGAGUGAGGAGUUAACCUAGAGGCCUAAAGGCCCUUGCAUAUUAGAUAUGGGCAGGGGGCCAAGAUGGGGGAAAUUACUGGAAUUUAAUAAUAAUCUGGAUUAAUUUAAAUGUAUAAUAAUAUCUGUAUGAAAUGUGAUUUCCCCCUCUCCUCGACCUCUAAAUUUGUCCCACUCUUGUUACUGUACUAGACCCAGUACUAAAACAGAUUUCAUUGUUAAAAUGUUAGUGAAUUAAGCAGCGUGUGGAUUAUGCCCUGUCCUAUACAGUACCACAGCAUGAGUCAUAAUACCCAUAAAACCUAGCGGUCAAACAGGGAAAUGGUUCCAAUCAUUUUUCCCCAUUGGGGGAUUUUAGAAACACUUCAAAUAAGGGCUGUGUUUGGUGUAGACUUACCGUGACAUGACGUUUUGAUAACCUUGUAAAUCUCUCUCAGGCGAGGUGUCUUUCAUCAAUAUAUUCGCCUGUAUUUACCCCCCCCCCCAAAAUGAAAUGCUAAUUAGCUGCUAAUGUUGCUAUCAUAAAGAUCUACAAAUGUCGUGAUGAUCUGGACUGCCGAAUCGAGGCAAAGGUAAGAAUUUGUGGAUCACAGGAGGCUGCUGAGGGGAGGCUCAUAAUAACGGCUGGAAUGGCAUCAAACACAAGGAAACCAUGUGUUGAAAACCAUGUGUUGGGGCCUCCCGGGUGGCGCAGUGGUUAAGGGCGCUGUCCUGGAACGCCAGCUGUGCCAUCAGGCUCUGUCGUAACCGGCCGCGACCGGGAGGUCCUUGUCUCAAUUCGCACCUAUGGCGGGCCGGGCGCAGUGCACGCUAACCGAGGCCCAUGGUGUUUCCUCCGACACAUUAGUGCGGCUGGCUUCCGGGUUGGAUGCGCGCUGUGUUAAGAAGCAGUGCGGCUUGGUUGGGUUGUGUAUCAGAGGACGCAUGACUUUCAACAUUCGUCUCUCCCGAGCCGUACGGGAGUUGUAGCGAUGAGACAAGAUAGUAGCUACUAAAACAAUUGCAUACCACGAAAUUGGGGAGAAAAUGGGGUAAAGAAAAAAGAGAAAAAAAGAAACCAUGUGUUGGACACCAUUCCAUUAAUUGUGUUUCAGACAUCCUCCCCAAUUAAGGUGACACCAGCCGCCUGUGCUCUGGAUUAAUUAUCUGAUAUUAGUAAUUAAUAAAUGGGCUACAUUUCUUUAAAUGAGCAAUUCUGUGAAGUGUCUAGUGCAAGUUUUAAAUUGACAAUACCUGUUAGCAAAGGUGUAUUUUUAUUUAUUUAUUUCCACGUUUAAUUUGAUUUGAUGUGCAGGAGCUUGCAGGGAUUUGUACUUUGCGUGUUGUCUGCUUUGAUGCUAAUAAGCAUUUGUUUAAAUCUGAAAGUCACCUUGUCCUAGAGAGAUUUACAUGGUUAUCAUAACGUCACGUCGGGCUAAACAGCCCUUAUUUUAAGUGUUUAUAAAUUCCCCAAUGGGGAUAAAUGAAUGGUUGAAAAACGAUUGGAACCAUUUCCGUGUUUGACCGCUAGGUUUCAUGGGUAUUAGGACACCUCUCUAUUGGUCAACCCUUGAAAUAUUUUCAAACCCAAUGUAAGAAAACAGAAAACAACUGAAAGUGAUAUGAAUAUAUCUAUGUAUAAUCUCAAUGUUUGUAUUAUACUCAAGCUCAAGUGUUGUAUUGGUUUACUAAUUCACUGCAUGUACAGAAAAUAUAUAAUAUAGAAUGGGACUGGUAUCAGUCACCUGUGAAAGGAGCGAGAGAUUCAGAUUCUCCAGUGGUUCAGCAGGACACAAGUCUGUAAUGGUUGGAGGUCUCAUUCAGAAGUGCAGUGGGUUUGUCAAUGGAAGUUACUGCUCUUUGCUCUCAACUGCUCUCUCAUGUAUAGGUCUACUACACAUUGUGGGCUUUGUGUGUGUGUUCGGUGUGUGUGUGUGUGUCGGUGUCUCUGUGUGUGUGUGUGUGUGUUCAGUGUCUCUGUGUGUGUGUGUGUGUGUAUUCGGUGUCUCUGUGUGUGUGUGUGUGUUCGGUGUCUCUGUGUGUGUGUUCGGUGUCUCUGUGUGUGUGUGUGUGUUCGGUGUCUCUGUGUGUGUGUGUGUUCGGUGUCUCUGUGUGUGUGUGUGUGAGGAGUGUGCGUCUGUGUUUAUGUGGGCUCCUUCUAUGUGUGUUACAUGGGUUUAAAGUGAAGUAUAUGUGGUCGUUGUGGUCCUAGUCACUUCCUGAAUAUUCUUCGCUUCUGAGCCAGUCACAAUACUUUCCCCACUGUUGAACUGGAAUAGACUGAUAGUUAUACUGCUAUUAUUUGUAUUAUUAUUAUUAUAUAGCUUAUAUUUAUGUAUACUGAUGAGAUACAGGAUACUGAUAUAUAUUAACUGCUGUUUUCCCUUUGAAAACUUAGUAUUAACAAUAUACCAUCUUAUUUUACUGUGCGUGUGUGUGUGUGUGUGUGUGUGCGUGGUGCCGUUCUUGACAGAAUGCUUUAAUGAAUCAGUUACUUAUAACACAAGCCUUAUCUGUGCCUCUAAAAAUACAGAAAACAAAAUAACUGUUGCCAGGGAAACGAAAUGUUCUGUAUUCAACAAGGCAAGUCCCCCCCCCCCACACACACUUUAUUCACACUGGCAUGUGCCCCUUUCUACCCAAUGGGGUAAUUUAUGGACAAUAUUUAGGGUGUGCCCCUUUUGGCUCAAGAACACCCCCAGAGGCAAACAUAAUGUACAGUUCACUGUUAACUCCUCCACAUUACUCAAUAUAAUCAUCAAAUCUACUCUACCUGCUGAACACUGCAGGAGCAUAUCGACUCACAAUUAGCUUGCAUAGGUUCUAUAAUGGGGCUGUUUUUGCACUUACCCCCCCUCCCUCCUCCCCAUUUUUCUUUAUCAUUAAGUUGACCUAUGUGGACUACAAUAUCAUAUUAACUCACCACUUGCAUAGGCUUCAAAAUGUAUUUGCAUAGCAUACUCUCUCACCCCUCUCCCCCCCGACCGAACCCAGUCUACUAGAUUGUGACAGUCGUGCCGGUCUUUGGUUUCACAACUGUGGGAUGAAUAGAGUCUGACGUAUGCAGUGGUAGUUCGAUGUCGAUGUCAAAACACAUACAACUCAUUUACAUGAGAUUCAAAAUACUUCAUGAUAAUAAUUAAACACUUCUGAAACUGUAGUCUAGUUUGACGGAAGCCUUGGUUGUUGCUUGUUAUUCGUGUGGUGGCUGAUACUGUAUAGAGGUCGACGUCUGUUACUCCUGCUGCUUUCUGAGGGUGACUGGCAAGAUGGCUGAUGCUCCUGAGCCUCUGCUAUUAUGGAAGUACUACUGUAAACAUUACGAUGCUUUCUGAGAGUGACUGGCAAGAUGGCUGAUGCUCCUGAGCCUCUGCUAUUAUGGAAGUACUACUGUAAACAUUACGAUGCUUUCUGAGAGUGACUGGCAAGAUGGCUGAUGCUCCUGAGCCUCUGCUAUUAUGGAAGUACUACUGUAAACGUUACGAUGCUUUCCGAGAGUGACUGGCAAGAUGGCUGAUGCUCCUGAGCCUCUGCUAUUAUGGAAGUACUACUGUAAACGUUACGAUGCUUUCUGAGAGUGACUGGCAAGAUGGCUGAUGCUCCUGAGCCUCUGCUAUUAUGGAAGUACUACUGUAAACAUUACGAUGCUUUCUGAGAGUGACUGGCAAGAUGGCUGAUGCUCCUGAGCCUCUGCUGUGAUGGAAGUACUACUGUAAACGUUACGAUGCUUUCUGAGAGUGACUGGCAAGAUGGCUGAUGCUCCUGAGCCUCUGCUGUGAUGGAAGUACUACUGUAAACGAGGCAGAAUAUAAUCUCAUUUCAAUAGUGAAAUGCACAGUUCUCUUUU